AUGUUCCCCCGAGUCAAUCUACGCCACCUCCAAGCGCAAUACCCUGACCUCGACAUCAGUACUAUUGAUACCGACCCGGAGACCGCCUACCGAGUGGCCGAGGCCACCCUCGCCCACUAUUUCGGCGUUACCGCCCGUCUCAGCCGCGCCCACUUGACUCCCCGCAUCCCUGCCCGUCUCCAGUACCUCGCGGCGAUCGAGCGCCUCUGCGAGCCCGCCGAUGUCGUCCGCGAGCAGUUGCGUAUCCCCGAGGGAGCGCUAGUGGACGUGGGCACGGGGGCGGCGGCGAUCAUGCCCCUUUUACACUGUAAGCGCUACUGGGUGGCCACCGAGUGCAAUAAGAGCUCAGUUGACCACGCCGCGGCAAUUUUAAAAGCUAAUAACCUUCAGGAACAGAUCAAUCUUCGCCACCAGGCGCUGUGGCCGGCGGUGCCGGUGCGCUACUUAGUGUGUAACCCACCGUUCUACCACGACGAGGGCGAUCUUCGCGCGCGCCACCGCGCCAAGCGGGGCGCCAAAAUGGGCGCCGCCCUCCCUCUGACUGCUAGCGAGCUCUACUAUCCGGGCGGGGAAGUGGCGUUUAUCAAGUGGAUGAUUGAUAGUUCGCGGCGCCAUAACUCCCACCCGUUUGCCUGGUACUCGUCGCUCGUAGGCAUCUACGGCGAUAUCGGCGCCAUCGUCGCCUACCUCAAUCAAGUCGGCGCCAGCAAUAACGUCGUCAUCCCGCUCCGCCUCGGCCCCACCACCCGCUGGGUCGUCGCCUGGGCCUUCCACGAUGUGCCGGCGCCGCCAGCGCUUGACACCUCGCCGCCACAGCGUGGGUGGCGCUCGCUUCCGGUGUCGUUGACCACAAAGCCGUACGGCGACUAUGUCGUCGCCGCGGCGCCCACCUGGCUCCGCAAGUACCGGCGGGCGCUGGGGGAGCGCCAGCAGCUGAUGGCGGGGCUCAUCGUCGCUAGAGUCGAUAGCGAGGUUCAGGUGGUGGCUAAUUAUAGUGCCGUCGACACUAAUACGAUCAGGAAUUCGCUCUCAUCCAUGAUUGCUGGUUGCGAGCCCGCGGCAAAACGUCACCGCCGGGCGUAA